ACACAUUCGGCAUUCUAGAAACUUCCUUACAUGGGUAUCUAUUUUCAAUGUUCAGCGCUCGGAAUAUAUUCACACAGUCAUAACUUGAAGUGAAGAACACGCGUCUAAAAGGUGUUUCAUUCUUUGCGAGAAGAAAACGACACAAAAUUUGUUUUAUAUUUUUUAUUUGUUCUGAACAAAGCAACAAUUUUAUUUUCGAAGAAACUCUAUUAAUAAAAUAGGUAACCGAUUUCAAAGCAAUUUGUUGUAAAUUAUUUUCAUUGAAUUUUCCGUGUGAAACGUUGAAAUUUUUCUUGUUAAAAUUUUGUGUGUUUCAAAACCGCAAUGGUGUGAUACACCGCGACACACAGAAAGUGAGAGAGGGAGAGAGAGAGAGAGAGAGAGAGAGAGAGAGAGAGAGAGAGAGAGAGAGAGAGAGAGCAAACAACUGACAGGAGGAUAUAUUGAGUUGAUCGAAGUAUCAAAAAAAAAAAUUCUGUGUCAGCAUCAAUUAAUGAAAUUUCAAUCGAAAGAACGUGAGAAAUUCGUGGUGACAUUGAGCAUUUUUGCUGUAAAUCAGAAAUUUAUGCCAUCAAUUUGUGUGCAAUUUAGUUAUUUUCUUCAUUGAAUCGAUUUGCAUUCGAUCGAGAGACUUUAAACUCUGUGUUCGCCUGCUUUAGUUUUGAUUCAGAGUGCAUAAUUUUCCGGGAAGAAGUUGUAGUGAACUCAGACACAAAAAAAAAACAGAAAAAAUUCAAUUGUCAAGAUGUCAGUAAUUGGAAUCGAUUUUGGUAAUGAAUCGUGUUUCAUAGCAGCCGCUGUUUCGGGUGGCAUCGAAACACUUGCCAACGACUACAGUUUGCGUGCAACACCAGCAUGCGUUGCAUUUGCAGGCAAAAAGCGUAUCUUGGGUGUUGCAGCCAAGAACCAACAAGUGACAAAUAUGAAAAAUACCAUCGGCAAUUUCAAGCGUUUGUUGGGCCGUAAAUUCAAUGAUCCACACAUUCAGGAUGAUUUGAAAAGUUUGCCGUAUCGCGUGGAACCGUUGCCAAACGGUGGCAUUGGCAUUCGUGUCAAUUACAUGGAACAAGAGCACGUAUUCACUCCCGAACAAGUGACAGCCAUGCUGUUUACAAAGCUAAAGGAAACCUGCGAAACGGCUCUGAAGAAACCAAUGAAGGAUUGCGUCAUUACGGUUCCAUCAUUUUUCACCAGCGCCGAACGUUCCGCACUCAUCGAUGCAGCCCAAAUUGCCGGACUUAAUGUUUUACACUUGCUGAAUGAAACAACCUCCGUGGCUCUGCUGUACGGUUUCUACAAGACCGAUUUACCCGCACCCGAAGAGAAACCAACGAACGUUGUGUUUGUCGAUUUUGGUCAAUCGCAAUUGCAAGUGGCCAUCUGUGCGUACAACCGGGGCAAACUUCGAAUGGUGAGCAGCGCUUGGGAUCAAGUCGGUGGACGAAACAUUGAUGCCAUUCUCGCCGAAGUGUUUGCCGAACAAUUCCAAAAGAAGUACCGAAUCAAUGCACGUGGCAAUCCACGUGCCUACUUGCGACUCAUGACCGAAGUGGAAAAAUUGAAGAAGCAAAUGUCGGCGAAUAGCACAAAAUUACCAUUGAACAUCGACUGUUUCAUCGAUGAAAUUGAUGUCACAUCAAGCAUGUCCCGUACUGAAAUGGAAGAACUCUGCGCCGAAAUCUUCAAACGCAUUGAAGUCACAUGCAGAAAAUGUCUACAGGAUUCAGGUUUGGCAUCUGACGAAAUUUCUGCCGUUGAAAUCGUCGGCGGUAGCACCAGAAUUCCAGCGGUGAAGGCGGUCAUUGAACAAGUAUUUGGAAAACCAAUCAAUACAACAUUGAAUCAGGAUGAGGCUGUAUCUCGUGGUGCUGCAUUGCAAUGCGCUAUCUUGUCGCCAGCCGUUCGUGUGCAUGACUUUGGUAUCACAGAUAUUCAAAACUUUGCCGUUCGAAUUGCCUGGGAUCUCGAAUCGAAUAAUCGUAGCGAAAUGGAAGUGUUCAAACCGCAUCAUGAAUUCCCAUUCAGUCGUAUGAUUACAUUACAACGCCGCGAACCACUUAGUCUUCAACUGUUCUAUGCUGAUCCGCAUUUGCGUUCAGACCCAUUCAUUGGCCGUUGGUAUGUGAAAAAUAUUAAACCAACACCAACCGGCGAAGCGCAAGAGGUGAAAAUCAAAGUUCGCAUCAAUUCAAAUGGCGUCAUUCAGUUGACAAGUGCUAAUGUAGUGGAUAAAAAACCGAAAGAAGAGACUCCCGUUGACAAUGGAAAUACUGAAACAAAUAAUAUGGAAGUUAACCAAGAGGGUGACUCGAAUGACGAUGCCAACGAAUUACCACAUCCUAACAAUAUACCACAAUCACCCACAUCUGCAUCUGGUCAAGGUUGGACGCAACGUGUGAAAGGAUGGUUUUCUUCGGGCGAUGAUAACAAAAAGGGUAAAAAGAAGAAGUCGGCUGAUUUAGUUGAACUUCCAUUCGACUCUGAAUUGCCAUGCUAUACAGAGGAUCAACUACAAAAAUACCGCGAUGAAGAGGCUGGUAUGAUUGGUAAUGAUGAGAAGGAGAAGGAUCGUGUCGAUGCACGUAAUGCAUUGGAAGAGUAUGUGUAUGAUAUGCGUGAGAAAUUAGGCGAAGAGGGUGCAUUGUCAACGUACAUUGAGACCAAUCAACGACAAAAUAUCUGCCAACAACUGAACGACCUCGAGAAUUGGCUGUACGAAGAUGGUGAAGAUUGUGAAAAUGAAAUCUAUCGAUCGAAAUUGUCGGAUUUACACAAGCAAACCGAUCCAAUCAAGGCGCGUAGUUUUGAAUACGAAAAUCAACCGAAUGCAUUUAACGAUUUGGGUCAUGCUGUGCAAAUGGCGCGCAAAUCAAUCAACGAAUUCCGAACGAACACCGUUAAAUAUGAUCACAUUACGGAGGUGGAAAUCAUAAAUGUCACCGAGGCCACCGAUCGUGCACAGCGUUGGCUUGAGGAGAACAGUGGCCGUGUGGCGAAUUCAUCGAAAACAGCCGAACCACCCGUUCGAGUUAGUGACAUUCGUAACGAAUUGAAUACAUUGACCGCAAGCGUAAAUAGCGUAGUGAAUCGACCAAAACCAAAGGCACCAACACCACCGGCCUCAAAUAAUGGAACUGCCAAUAGCGAGGGUCAGCAAAUGGAACAGGAGGCGAAAAAUACCGCCGCCGGCGCUGGCGCUGAAGAAGACAAAAUGGAUGUGGAAUAAAAGCGAAAGAGCCGAUUCUUGGCGGCAAUGCAUGUAAUGCAACGCGUUUUACUAUGCAUGCCGCGUAAACAAUCAAUGCUUAGGGAAGAGUAGUUUAUGAAUUAAAACAACAACUGAACACACACACACACACACAAAUUAAGAAAAGAAAUUCUAAUAAAAUUAAGAAACUACACAGUGGCGAUAAAUUGGAGUAUGAAAUUUAGUAAUGAACAACAUGAAAAACAAAAACAAAACAAAAAACAAUAAUUUAAUAUUGACAUAAUUGCUAUAUUCUAAUAGUUCUUAUUUAAAUUCUUUUUUUAAAUGAUGAUGGAUAUAGUUAAAAAGCAAACGAACGAACGAGUGAAUUUUCAAUGGCAAAAUGAUGGUAACAAACCAUGGCUGACAUUUUGAUUGUUUGUGAUAGCGAGCAAGUAAAUCCCUUCAGAUGCAAUUCUGAACACAUGAAGAAAAAAAAACCAGAAGAUAAGAAAUUGUUAAAAUCAAACACUCAAACGGUCGCUGUAAAAUACAUCGAAUCAAUACAAAUCACAUCUUUUUCUACCAUUUCUUUACUUAAUAUGAAACUCAUACAUUAUGGAUUAAUGAUGAAACGGGUGGUUUUACAGCGAUUGUUUAUGUGCAACAGAAUGUGGAAACAGUACUGUAUAUCGAAACCAUUAUUUAUUCUGCUGUUCAUCAAUAGGUUUCUCAUUAAAAAAAAAAAUUAACGAAGAAAAAACAAAGAUGAACAUUUAUAAACGGCUAGAGCCUACAGAAUUUGCUGAUAUUUGUAUGACAAUGUGAAUUAUUGAUUCCCCUUUUUAGCAACAUCAACUAGCGAUAACAUGGAUAAAAGAGCUUAAUUGCUUCGUGUUAUUUUCUUCAUAUAUUAAGUUCCAUUAAUAAAUCUUCUUUUUUUUAUUUGUGAGAAUUUAAA